AUGGCACACACUUCAUUCAUAUGCGUAAGAUGUUUGUUGGUGAAAUCAGUAGAACCAGAGUGCAGAGGCCCCAUGUCCAAAUCUGGGAUCCGCCAACCGCCUAUUCGUGCCUUCAUGGAUGACCUGACAGUAACCACCGAGUCAGUGCCUGGAGGCAGAUGGAUCUUGACGGGGCUGGAGAGGCUAAUGGGAUGGGCCAAAUUGUCAUUCAAGCCAACGAAGUCAAGAUCCUUGGUCUUGAAGAAGGGCAGAGUAGCAGACAAGUUCUGCUUCUCUAUCUCAGGAACACCAAUCCCCACCAUCUCUGAGAAGCAGAUUAAGAGCUUGGGAAAGUUCUUCGACAGCAGCCUUAAGGAUUCAGCCUCCAUCAAGAACACCUGUCAGGGGCUAGAGGGAUGGCUGAAGGUUGUGGACAAGACAGGCCUCCCGGGAAAAUUCAAAGCAUGGAUUUACCAACACGGGAUUCUGCCAAGGAUACUGUGGCCAUUGCUCCUCUAUGAGUUUCCGAUCACUACCAUCUCAGAUCUGGAAAGGAGAGUCAGUCGCUACUUGAGGAGAUGGUUAGGACUGCCGAGGAGCUUGAGCAACAUCGCCCUCUAUGGAAACACCUGCAAACUGACACUUCCCUUGAAAUCCAUUGAGGAGGAGUUCAAGGUCUUGCGUGCAAGGGAGGUGCUGCAAUUCCGUGAGUCAGCGGAUCCAAAAGUGUCUGGGGCAGGAGUAGCAGUCAGGACUGGCAGGAAAUGGAGAGCAGAGGCUGCAGUGGAGCAGGCAGAGUCCUGGCUAUGGCACAGAGUCCUGGUGGGAACAGUGGCCAGAGGAAGGAUGGGUCUAGGAACCAUAGCAUCCCCCCGUUUUGACAAGGCUCGGGGAAAGGAGCGGAGGCAACUAGUCCAGAAUGAGGUGAGAGCAGUGGUUGAGGAGGAGAGAUCCAGCCGAGCAGUGGGAAUGAGACAGCAAGGCGCCUGGACGAGAUGGGAGCAAGUUGCAGAGAGGAAGAUCUCGUGGACUGACCUUUAGCAGGCAGAGCCACACCACAUCAAGUUCUUAGUCCAGGCCGUCUAUGAUGUACUCCCCAGCCCUUCCAACUUGCACUGCUGGGGUUUGGUCGACACUCCAGCAUGCCCUCUUUGCCAAAGAAAGGGGACCCUCGAGCAUAUAUUGAGUUGCUGCCCAAAAGCUCUGGGGGAUGGCCGUUACCGAUGCCGUCACGAUCAGGUGCUCAAGACCAUCUCAGAGAGCAUCUAUAGUGGCAUCACCAGCUGUCGGAGGUCUAAACCCACAAAGAGAGCCAUAAACUUCGUCAGAGCUGGGGAGAAACUAAGUACAAGACCAAGAGCAACAUCAGGGCUUCUCAACACUGCACAGGACUGGCAGCUGUCAGUGGACUUGGGGAGCCAACUCAAGUUCCCCCAGCAUGUUGUUAAGACCACCCUCAGACCUGAAUCGUCAGAGGCAACAAAGAGUGUUAUCAUGCUGGAGCUCACUGUGCCGUGGGAAGAGCGAAUGGAGGAGGCCUUUGAGCGGAAGAGGGGGAAAUAUGACGGCCUAGUCAGCGACUGCCACAGACAAGGCUGGAAGGCUAGGUGUUUGCCUGUGGAGGUAGGGUGCAGAGGCUUUGCCGGACAGUCUCUGUGCAGGGCCUACACUGCAUUGGGCAUCACAGGAGAGAGAAGGAGAAGUGCCAUCCGGAACAACACAGAGGCAGCAGAGAAAGCCUCUAGGUGGCUCUGGAUAAAGAGAGCGGAUCCGUGGAUAAAUGCUGCUGGGGCACAAGCUGAGGCGUCAUGA